ACGUGAGGAGCGUUCCAUUCCGCCAGCGGUGGGCGGUUGCCACAGCUGGUUUAGGGCCCCGACCAUUGGGGCCCCUUGUCAGGAGGAGGCACCCUCCCUGUCAGGGAGAAGUCGCUACCACCUUUGGCUUCUGAGGAGAUCCCCCGGGACAGUGCACUUUCUGCCCUCAGUUGUCGGCCGAGUUCAGUGUCCCUUGUUCAGGUAACAAGGGGUGGGGGUGGGGGUCUCCGGGGCUCGGCUCUCUGGAGGGCUGCAUCCCCCUUCAGCUCCGCCGGGACCCAGGGACGUUGGCACCGCCCUGCUUAGCUCGCCAGCCACGGAGCCCCUGGCCGGGGGUGACUACACGUGGCGGGGCGUGUGUGAGUGUGUACGAGCGUGUGGAUGCGUGUGCGUGUGGAUGUGGCGCGCGUCCCAGCCAGCCUGGGGCGGUGGUCGGCUGCGUGGCGGAGGCAGGGCGGGCCUCCCGAGGACGAGUCCGCUGCACUGUCCUGGCUUCUGGCGCUAAGCUGCUGAACCCGGUCGCUGCUUUCUGACGGAUUUUAAUUUUCCUUUUCCCAGGUUGGGUCCCCCUUCCUAGUCCUCGUUCUUUUGCUGGGUCAGUUUAUGGAGGCGGGGGGGGGGGAUUGUUAUCCAGGUUAGUUUUACACAAAGGAAGUGAUCUUUGCACCUCUGGGGCCCCCUCCCCUUUCCCAAGCCUUACACCUUUCCAUCUUGUUGCUAGGCUCUUAGUCCCCUUUUGGACCUUUGCCCUCUCUAGCUCGGGAAUGCUCUCUGGCUGGUUGUUUCUUGCUCAUCGGGCUGCAGGCUUCCGCCUCAUUCUUGCCAGCAUGGGGCAUGUGGUGCCAGUAAGUAGAGGACACAGCCUAGCACCUGAGAGGAAGGGAAGGAUGACAGUGACUGGGAAAGGCGAGGCCCGGAAAUCCAGGCUGCUGAAUGGAGCUGUGAUACUGGUGAAAUGUCCUAGAAAGCCCCAAGGGACUUUUCUUAGCUGUUGCCACAGCCCUCAGCCACCCCAACCCCAGCAUCAGUUGCCAACCAUCCCAGGAUCUCUCCUGUUUAAGGAAGCCUUUUUUAAAAAAAAAUUAUAAUAUGAUAUGGGUUAACAAACAUUAAACUAGACCAGCAAGAAGAUUUCAUUUCGGACUCCAGAAGUUACAGAAGGUUUGAUGAGGGGAAAUCUGGUUUGUGGAAAUACAAUGUGUGUGUGCUUCCAGAAUGCCCAGAACAGCCUACCCCAGCCAGACAGUUCCCUUGUUCCCUUCUCUGAGUAAUAUUUGAAUACUGAAGAAAGAAAGAGAGGUACAGGAGGUAUGGGAAGGGCUACUUAGGGACAAAGAACAACAAUUAUUUUUACAGCUCUCGUACUUUAGGUGACUAAAGAACCCCUGGGGUACAGUAGAAAGUUCAUUAGGGUGGUCACUUGCAGAAUUCCUACUUAUUUCCAAGACUCAUAUCAUCAUAGUUAAUCAAAAUCAUCAGCAUGGGUUUAGAAACAGGAUUGAUUAAGAAAUAUCAGUCCCCUCCCCCUCUGGAGAACUGGUUUGUUUGUUUGUUUGUUUUCUUCCUUAGAGACCAAACAAGAGAUCAGAAAUAAAAUUUUCAAACUUUCCCCACGCUCCUUCAGGCAGUGCUCAUCUUUCUGUCUUUGGGAAAUGAGGGUUUAGUUGUAUUUUGUCACUCUUGUCUCAACACCUUUACCCCUUUCUUUUUCUUAGGGCUCUUGAUAAUGUUUGACCCAGUGGCAACACUAGUAAAUGACCUGAUUUUAAAGCUGGCCUCAGCCUCUGCAUCUUCUCUCGAGUAGUCACAAAGCCCAUCUUGGACCAGGAACUCCAAUCAUGUCUGUGAUGGUGGUAAGAAAGAAGGUGACACGGAAAUGGGAGAAACUCCCUGGCAGGAACACCUUCUGCUGUGAUGGCCGCGUCAUGAUGGCCCGGCAAAAGGGCAUCUUCUACUUGACCCUCUUCCUCAUCCUGGGGACAUGUACACUCUUCUUUGCCUUCGAGUGUCGCUACCUGGCUGUUCAGCUGUCUCCUGCCAUUCCUGUGUUUGCUGCUAUGCUCUUUCUUUUCUCCAUGGCCACGCUGUUGAGGACAAGUUUCAGUGACCCUGGAGUGAUUCCUCGAGCACUACCAGAUGAAGCGGCUUUCAUAGAAAUGGAAAUAGAAGCCACCAAUGGUGCCGUGCCACAGGGCCAGCGACCACCUCCUCGUAUUAAGAAUUUCCAGAUAAACAACCAGAUUGUGAAACUGAAAUACUGUUAUACAUGCAAGAUCUUCCGGCCUCCCAGGGCCUCCCAUUGUAGCAUCUGUGACAACUGUGUGGAGCGCUUCGACCAUCACUGCCCCUGGGUGGGAAACUGUGUUGGAAAGAGGAACUACCGCUACUUCUACCUCUUCAUCCUCUCUCUGUCCCUCCUCACAAUUUAUGUCUUCGCCUUUAACAUCGUCUAUGUGGCCCUCAAAUCCUUGAAAAUUGGCUUCCUGGAGACACUGAAAGAAACUCCUGGAACUGUUCUGGAAGUCCUCAUUUGCUUCUUCACUCUCUGGUCUGUUGUGGGGCUGACUGGAUUUCACACUUUCCUUGUGGCUCUCAACCAGACCACCAAUGAAGACAUCAAAGGAUCAUGGACAGGGAAGAACCGUGUGCAGAAUCCGUACAGCCAUGGCAACAUUGUGAAGAACUGCUGUGAAGUGCUUUGUGGCCCCUUGCCCCCCAGUGUCCUGGAUCGAAGGGGUAUUUUGCCGUUGGAGGAAAGUGGAAGUCGACCUCCAAGUACUCAAGAGACCAGCAGUAGCCUGUUGCCACAGAGCCCAGCCUCAACAGAGCAUAUGAACUCUAAUGAGAUGGCAGAGGACACCAGCAUUCCUGAAGAGAUGCCACCUCCAGAACCCCCAGAGCCACCACAGGAGGCAUCCGAAGCUGAGAAGUAGCCUCUCUCUGGAAGAGACUUUUGUUUGUGUUUCAUUAGGGCUAUGAGAGAUUUCAGGGGAGACGAUCACCUGAGACAGAGAACAAAUAAGCUGUCCCUCAUUACUAUUUUUCUUUGGUCUUUAGUCACCCAAUUACUGGCAUUUUCUUGCUGCAAACUUUUUUUUUAAGUUUGAACUUAAGACAGUGGCAGAAGAUGCCAGUCACAUCUGGCAACUGGACAAAUGGGUCUCUUGGGACAUGGCACUGCUUUCCCAUUGUCUCAGCCACAAGGUGACCUUGGACUCCCCUUCUCUUCCCUCCAGAUCCUAGCUCCCCUGCUGGGGGUCAUUGGUCUCUUUCUGGGGCUAAAGAGUCUCAAGACUGACUCCAGUCCUUUCCAGUUGCUGCAUGUCCCGAGUCCAGAGGCAGUCACAGAGACCUCUGGCCAGGGAAUCCUAACUGGGCUCUUGACUCCUUCAGAACUAAGAAUUGGAGAGGGACGCUGGAGGAUUCUCCUGGCUCCAAAGUGCCAGCAUUGCCAGCCAAUCCCUUUAGGAAUAGGGCAGGUACCUUCCACUUGUAUUUAUUUCUGUAGCUUCUCUUUUCUCCCCGUCCCCCGUGCCAUCUACUCUCUAACAUCCAAGUCCCACUCUUUCCCCCAUUAGAUGCUAUACGUAAGUAGUCAUGGUAGAGAUAAUACAUUUCUCCAAGGUUCUCCAGAAACUUCAAUGCCUGUGCUAUUCUCAAUAAGCAUUGAUGAGAUGCCAACAACAAAGCCCCUCACACUCUCUGUCUCAUCUCCCCUCUUUGCUCAUUAGUCCACUUUCAUUUUCUCCUUUUGACUCCUGCUUCAACCAGGAGCAGGACUGGCAGUAAUAAAAAUCUGCACUUUGCUGGUUUCUUUUCCUCAGGGGAAGCCUGAGUGCUCACUUAAACACUACCCCUCAGACUUCUUGUGUAAGGCCUACAGAGGCCGUGAAUGCACAAAUGGGGAAACCAAGGCACAGAGAGGCUCUCCUCUCCUCUCCUCUCCUCUCCUCUC